AUGCAAAUCUUCCAAACCCUCCUCACCACCGCCCUCCUGGCCACUUCCUUCGUCGCCGCCCGUCCCGCCGAACACAGCAAUGUCGUCCGCGACUCCGAGCUGUUCGUGCGUGAGCCUUUGAAGAGCUGUAUUGGUGUAUGUUCCUCUUUCUCUUCUUUCCCCUCUAUUAGAAGAUAA